AUGGCGGUGAUGUUGAGGUUCUUGAAUGACAAAGGGAAAGUUGUGGAACGAUUUAUUGCUCUACAUCAUGUCAAAUAUACUACAUCUGAGGCAAUAAAGGAUGCUCUUUAUGGUAUUCUAGAUCGUCACACGUUAUCUAUUUCAAGGAUACGAGGGCAAGGAUAUGAUGGGGCUUCAAAUAUGAGAGGUGAGUUCAAUGGUUUACAAAGAAAUAUUCUAGAUGAAAACCCUUAUGCUUUCUAUGUCCAUUGUUAUGUUCACCAUUUGCAAUUGGUGGUUGUGUCUGUUGCUAGUAAUUGCUCAUCUAUUCAUGAUUUCUUUGAGUACAUCUCCUUGAUUGUAACCACAACAAGUGCAUCUUGCAAAAGAAGUGAUACUUUGAAGGAGGCACAACACCGAGAAAUUUUGAAUAGACUUGAGAGUGGUGAGAUAUCUCAAGGAAAGAGCUUGCACCAAUCAUCUAGUCUCGCUAGACCCGGAGAUACUAGAUGGGUUGAUGAUGUUAAAGUUCGGUUAGCUACAUUAAGAGAGAGUGGUUGGGAUGAUUUAUUUAUUGAUGUCCAAGAAUUUUGUUUUGCUCAAAGUAUUUCGGUGCCAAAUAUGGAUGAAGAAAUACCAAUUCGGGGACGUUCAAGAAGAGAAGGGAGGAUUGUCACUAAUCUUCACCAUUAUCGUGCAGAGAUUUUUUAUGUUGCUAUUGACAAAAUAUGUGUGGAGAUGGAUCGGCGGUUUUGUGAAGGAAGUAACGUUGUGUUGGAUUGCUUCUCAUGUCUUGACCCCAAGAACUCUUUUUCCAAGUUUGAUGUUGAUAAGCUUGCUGGUCUUGCUAAUAUUUAUCAUGUAGACUUUUCUGGUGAUGACCGUGGAACAAUAAGGGAGCAACUUGAGACACUUAUGCACAUCAAGUGA